AUGGGGGCUAAUCACGACCUGGAUCCUCGUGAGGUCGACUGUGACAGACCCACCGGUUCGAUGGAAGAGCUCGAAGAUAUCUCAAUCAGCGAGACAGACGAAGAAAGACACCUUAAGCUGGGAAAAAAUCUAGCCCCCGAGAGGAGGCCAAUAACCCCUGAGCAUUACACCGCUCUCAAAGAAGAAGUUGACAAGCUCUUGGCGAACAAGCUUAUUAAAGACGCCCACUACCCGGUCUGGGUGAAAAAGAAAAAUGGGAAGUGGAGGAUUUGCGUCGACUUCACCGACUUGAACAAGGCUUGCCCUAAGGACAACUUCCCUCUCCUAAGAAUCGAUCAGCUCAUGGAUGCAACAGCUAGUCACCAGCAUCUCAGUUUCAUAGAUGUCUAUUCGGGCUACAAUCAGAUCCCCAUGAACCCCACCGACCAAGAGCACGCCUCGUUCAUUACCGACCGAGGGCUUUAUUGUUAUAAGGUCAUGCCUUUUGGGUUGAAGAAUGUUGGUGCGACCUACCAAAGGCUGGUCAACAUGAUGUUUGAAGCGCUGAUCGGCAGAACCAUGGAAGUGUACGUUGACGACAUGCUCAUAAAAUUUGAGCAAGUAACAGACCAUGUUUCCGAUCUGAGGGAAAUGUUUGGAGUCCUCAAGAGCUAUCAGAUGAAACUCAAUCCACUCAAGUGUGCCUUUGGGAUAGCCUCUAGAAAAUUUCUUGGGUUUAUGGUAAAUAAUAAUGGCAUCGAAGCCAAUCCGGAUAAAAUAAAGGCUUUGCUCAACAUGAGGUUGCCUGUAAGGAAGAAGGAGUACAAACCAAGGACGAAGAUAAAGGAUCAGGCAUUGGAAAAUUUCAUAGCCGAGUUCACUAGACCGAUUGACGAAGAAGCAGAGAACUUGAAAGGGCCAUCCUGGGAAUUAUACGUCAACAGAUCAUCAAGUGAACAAGGAGCGGGAGCCGAGGUUAUGUUAAUAAGCCCCGAGGGUCACAAAAUCCUCUGCGCCCUGAGGUUCAGGUUUCUGGCCACCAAUAAUGAAUCCGAGUAUGAGGCCCUAUUAGCAGGGCUUCUCCUGGCAAAGGAAAUACGAGCUGAAUCAUUGGAGAUCUUCAGUGACUCUCAGCUGGUCGUCAAUCAAGUACGAGGAGAAUACCAGGCCAAAGAUAUAAAGAUGGUGGCAUACCUACAAAAGAACUCUCAUGCGGAUGCGCUAGCUCGCCUAGCGAUUGCCCAGGAUGCGAAAUUCUUAGGGGACAUACCUGUGGAUUUUUUAGCUACCCCAAGCACAGAACAACGAGCUGAAACGUUGGUGAUCAUGGUGUCCCAAAACUCAUGGAUGAUUCCCAUUCUAGGGUAUUUGCAAGACGGGAAAUUGCCGGAAGACAAAUUGGAAGCACAUCGGCUGCGAGCUCAAGCAGCUCGAUAUUGCAUCUAUGAUGAUAAACUGUACAAGAGGGGUUUCUCAGCCCCACUCAUGAGGUGCAUUGACGGCACCGACUGCCAGACCGUGCUAGGAGAAAUUCACGCAAGUCACUGCGGUAAUCAUGCCGUGGCACUUUCAUUGGCACAGAAGGCCCUCUGGCAAGGGUUUUAUUGGCCCACCAUAAAGCAAGAUGCCGUAGAGACAGUCAAGAGAUGCGAAAAAUGCCAAAGAUUCACCAAAAUUCUGUGA